GUAAUUUAUGUGCAUUAUAUGACGGUAAAAAAACAGUGUAAAAAACUUUUGCAUCGAAGCUCGCUAGUCGAUAGGCGAUGUAGUCGAUAUGGUCGAUAUCAGCUGUGAAUUGUGAUGUUGACUUAUUACUUCAUUAGUCGAAAUUGAAAGUGUUUAAAACUUCACACGUAACAAAUCGUGCGGGAAGGUUUUAAAAAUGCUACCGCUUUCAUUGUUGAGAACAGCACAAAACCAUCCUAUGCUCGUCGAACUCAAAAAUGGAGAAACAUACAAUGGACACUUGGUUAGCUGUGAUAAUUGGAUGAACAUUAAUCUCAGAGAAGUCAUCUGCACAUCCAGGGAUGGUGACAAAUUUUGGAGGAUGCCAGAAUGCUACAUUCGUGGUAGUACCAUUAAGUAUCUCAGAAUUCCAGAUGAAGUUAUAGACAUGGUUAAAGAAGACGUUCAAAUGAAAUCGAGGGGACGAGGUGAAAUGAAAGGACGUGGCGGUCAAAAUCAACGAGGCGGUCGAGGCGGAGGCGGAGGUGGAGGUGGAGGUGGUGGCAGAGGCACUUUCGGAGGACGUGGGGGAAGAGGCCCUGCGCCUUUAGGUCGAGGUGGUAAUCAAGGUGGCAACAAACCCCAAAACAAACCAAGAACCAAAUAAAUAUUUAUUUAAUAAGUGUUUGUACUAUGAAAUUACCCUAGGUUAUACAUGUUUUCUAACUUGUAAAGAAAUGUUAUGUUUUAAUUGUAGCAUGUCACGUAGAUAUUCAUCAUAUACGUAUCUAUGUAUUUGAAUCUAACUACACCAUUGGAUUAUAAUAAUCAUUUCUAUAAAAAACUGUUACGGUUUGAUUGCUGUAGUAUUUUGAGUUGAUCAACAUCAUGCAUGAGACUUGCAAAAUAUACGGAGAGAACAUCA